UUGCAAUGGCUGCUGCAAUGUGGACGGAUCGUACACGUAGGGUCGGGAAUGCCGUGUGGAAGGUGGUGGAAUGCAGAGGGAAGCACACGGCUUCACAACAACGCCAGUAUGAUGCAGUUAUCAUCGGUGGAGGACACAAUGGACUGGUGGCAGCUGCCUACCUUCAGAGAGGAGGCUUGAAGACUGCAGUGUUUGAGCGCCGACAUGUGCUGGGAGGUGCUGCUGUUACUGAGGAGAUCUUUCCUGGUUUCCGUUUCUCCAGAUGCUCCUAUUUGCUCAGUUUGUUGCGACCGCACAUUUAUGCAGACUUGGAGCUGAAGAAACAUGGACUGAAGGUGUACCUGAGGGACCCCCAUGCUUUCACUCCCAUGUUGGAGGACGGGUUAAAGGGUGGUAGGCCAAGGUCACUGACCCUGGGCUCAGAUCUGGCUAAGAACCAGAAGGAGAUCAGCAAAUUUUCCCAGAAAGAUGCAAAGGCUUUUUUAGAUUUUACUUUGCAUCUUGAGAAGCUAGCCGCCGCUAUCCACCCUCUACUGGAUGCCCCUCCUGUCGACAUUCCAGGAGUCACAAGUGGUUCGAUGAGGAAGAGGCUGUCUGCGGCGAAAACGCUGAAACCUGUAGUCAAAUGCGGGCUGAAAUUAGGCAGGAACAUUCCAGACUUUUAUGAGAUCAUAACGGCACCAAUCAUGAAGAUUCUGAAUCGGUGGUUUGAGUCGGAGCCAUUGAUUGCAACGCUGGCGACUGAUGCUGUUAUUGGAGCCAUGACCAGUCCCAGCAACCCUGGUAGCGGCUAUGUUCUCUUACAUCAUGUGAUGGGAGAGCUAGAGAAGGAGAAAGGAGCCUGGGGGUACGUGGAAGGAGGCAUGGGAGGCGUGUCUAAGGCGUUAGCGAACUCCGCGCGAUCCUUUGGUGUUGAUAUUUUCACUGAAAAGGAAGUAGAACAGGUCCUGGUUGACUCAAGCGGCGUUACGAAGGGAGUGGUGUUAAAGGAUGGCACAGAGACUCACAGUAGAAUCGUUCUUUCAAACGCGACACCGUAUGUUACGUUUAAAAACCUCACGCCAAAGAGUGCCCUUUCGCCAGCAUUCUUGAAAGCUGUCGAUCAGAUAGACUACACCUCACCUGUCACCAAGAUCAACGUGGCAGUGAACAAGCUGCCAAACUUCCUGGCGGCCCCGACCCCCGACAAUAAACCAGGACCCCACCAUCAGUGCUCUAUUCACUUAAAUUGUGAAAGUGUGGCCGUACUGGAGACGGCCUACAGAGAAGCCAUGAAUGGACGCCCCUCAACAAGGCCCAUGAUUGAGAUGACCAUACCGUCUGUGCUGGACCCCACACUGGCGCCCUCUGGCUGUCAUGUGGUGUCAAUGUUCAUACAGUUUACUCCAUUCCACAUUGAGGGUAGAGAUUGGACUGAGCAGGACAGAGAGGCCUUUGCAGAUACUGUAUUCGACUGGGUGGAGCAAUAUGCCCCUGGAUUUAAACAAUCGGUGGUGGGAAGGGACAUCCUGACUCCACCUGACCUGGAGAGAAUUUUUGGGCUCACCGGAGGGAAUAUCUUCCAUGGAUCAAUGUCAUUGGACCAGCUGUACCUAGCACGACCUUUGCCCUCACUCUCAGACUACCGAACGCCAAUUAAGGGGCUGUACCUGUGUGGCAGUGGCAGUCAUCCAGGUGGAGGUGUGAUGGGGUCUCCUGGUUGGAACGCUGCUCUCACUGCCAUGGCUGACCUGAAACAUCAAUGAGAAAUUACUGUAUGAAUUAUACUGCUUAGUAAAAACACUCUUUACACUCCGAUCUGAUCAAAUGGUAUACAUACUGUAUGUAAAUUAUUGUUACAUACAAAUCUGUUCAAUGUUUACCAUGAGAGAAGAAUGUUUACUAAUUUUAUUUUUUUACAUGCAUGCCAAAUAUUUUAUAGGAGAAAAAAAAAGUAUUUUAAGUCCUAUAGUUGAGUUGCAAUAGCACACACAAUGUCUCGAUACUGUGUUUGUGGUAAUACAUGUAUUCUGAUUCUGAAAUAUAAUGUUUUUAAAUUGCCAUGUACAUUUUGACAAUAUAAACUUUUCCUGCAUUUGGUGCUCCGUCAUAUAAUUUUAGCACCGAUGUUGAUAUACUUUUUAGACGUGUUUUUCUUAUGCUGAUAUCAACUGGGGCAAGUGAGGCUUACUUCUUUGGAUGUUGUUGUGGGGUCUUUUGUGACCUCUUGGAUGAGUUGUCCCUGCGUUCUUUGGGUAAUUUCGGUUGGCGAGUCGUUCACCACCGUUUCAUGUUUUCACCAUUUCUGGAUAAUGGCUCUCACUGUUGUUUGCUGGAGUCCCAAAGCUUUAGAAAUGGCUUAAUAACACUUUCUAGAAUAAUAGAUCUCAAAUAAUCCCAAUUAUGUUUUAACAGGGGGGCAAUCACUUCUUCACACAGGACCAUGUAGGUUUGGAUUUUUUUUUCUACCUUAAUAACAUUCUUCAUAUAAAAACUGCAUUUUUUUGUUUUGUU